UUAUAAAAGUGCAGUGGAACUGAACGCCACUUGCCCUCGCAGAAACGAAACGAAGGAAGCCACAUUCUCUAAAAACCUUGUCAAUUGGAUUUAAACAAAACAAAACAAAAAAUUUAAAGAAGAAUAUUCAUCUCAUUAUCACAAGUUGUUCGUUCGUUCGUUCUUCUUCUUCCUCCGACACUGAUUAUUAUUUGCAAGUGUAACAAUAAUUGCAGGCAGUUAAAUGUUUCUUUUGGAAAUUUCGUUAAAAAGCGUCCAAAGUGUUUAACAAAAAUUAUGUAAUAAUAAAAAUUGUGUAAUUGAAGACGACGAAAAGAAAAAACAACACCACGAAAAUAAAUACCUACGUAUUUUCCACUGUCAAUAAGGCAUUAAUCAAAUGACUUGACUCUGAGUAGCAGAUUUUCUUCUUCGUAAAAGGAACUUCAGUUGGUGUCACGCAAUUUCGGAUAAUCAACGUUUCUAUGCAACAGUAUUAGAUAAAGUUCAAAACUUUGAGAGGUGGAAAUUUUGCUAUUCACAUAUAUCAAAAAGAAAAACCUAUAAACGAAUUACAAAACAAAAAUGUUAUACUCUGUAGUUGUAUAUUUGACAAACAUACCACGUCUACAUUUAUGGGCAUUUGCAAUAUUAGGAUAUGUAGUUUAUUAUUUAAUACAAGUAGUUAAGCGUCCAAUUUUAGCCUGUUCCGAUGGACCUUUUAAAACAUUUUUAUAUCGUUAUAUACCAACAUUGGAUGUCAAAUAUUGGCCGACAUUUUGGUGUUUCGAAAGUCGGGCCCAAACGGUAUUUGCCAGUAUUAUUAGAUCUCAAACAUUACCAAAUAUUAACUAUCGAAGAGAAAUCUUAAGGCUGACCGAUGGCGGCGAAGUAGCAUUAGAUUGGAUGGAGGAUGGCUGCGCCGACGAUAGUCCAUGUGUCAUUAUAUUACCUGGUUUAACAGGUGAAUCUCAGGCCGAAUAUAUUAAGUGUUUAGUUUUAGCCGCUAGUCAAGUUAGUUUGCGUGUUGUUGUUUUCAAUAAUCGCGGUUUGGGUGGCAUUGAAUUGAAAACGCCACGUCUAUAUUGUGCCUCAAACUGCGAGGACCUCUCCGAGGUGGUAAGGCAUGUGGGCAAAAGUGUGCCCAAAGAUAAGCUGGGUGCUACCGGGAUAUCAAUGGGUGGCUUGAUUUUGGGAAAUUAUCUGGUGCGUAAAAGUGAAGAGGCCCGCACAUAUUUGGGUGCCGCAAACAUUAUAUCAGUGCCUUGGGAUGUUCACAAGGGAACGAAGAGCAUAGAGAAGCCCAUAUUGAAUAAUCUACUUGGCAGACAUUUAACAAAUAGCCUCUGUAAUACUCUGAAAAGCUGUGAAAUUUUCAAAAUGUGCGAUGACAUAGAUAUGGAUAAAAUUUUAAUGUGUAAAACCAUCAAAGAAUUCGAUGCCUUAUUUACAUCCAAACAAUUUGGUUAUGCCCAUGUCGAUGAUUAUUAUACUGAUGCCACGUUACAUGAUAAACUACACAGAAUUACGGUGCCUACACUGUGCCUGAGUGCAGCCGAUGAUCCCUUCCAGCCACUGGACGCCAUACCCAUUAAGGCGGCUGAAGAAUGCUCGCACGUGGCCAUUGUUGUCACGGCCCGAGGUGGUCAUAUUGGUUUCCUAGAAGGCUGGUGGCCAUCGGUCAAAGAACAAUUUAUGAGUCGUUUAUUUGCUGAAUUUUUCUCCAAAGCCCUGUGUGAUAAACGUUCGGAAUUUCAAAAUGUAACCGAAGAUAUGUAUGAAAAUUACAAAAUUGCCAAGGAGUUAAGGCCACCCGAGCAAGAAGAAUUGGUGGGUGUUAGUGGUGUUGUCGGUGGCGCUGGUGAUGAGCAACAAGAAAAGGUGGCAAUGAAAAUCUCUUCAUCAUUUUUAAACAGCGAACAGCUGGAGGAGUUAAUGAAGAAAGAUAUGUAGCUUUAAAUGCAAAUCUGAAAAACCAUGCAUUUUCGUUUGAACUGUUAACAUUUUGUUUUUGAGAGGACAAGAAAAGCUUAAAAGAAAAUUUGAAAAACAAUAUUAAUUAACAAAAUUUUCUCAUAGUAGUAAAAGUUCUACAAAAGUAUACAUACAUAUUUAUUAAUUAGGCAAGAAUAGGAAAUAAAAAAAAACAAAAAACAAAACAAUGCAAUACUCAAUUCACUGUAACAUCGAAGAUGACAAUUAUUGUUCCUUUUAAGUCUGUCGUUUCAUGCUUGAAUUUUAACAUUUGGUAGUUAUAGCAUAAAAUAGUGGUAUUCAAAAGAUAUUUUAUCAUGUCCAUUAUCUUGUUAUAUAAUAAAGCCAUAUGAUAAGAAAAAAAAAAACACUAGCCUACAAUUAUUGUUAUUUAAA